AUGCGUUACUCCUCCUCCAUCGUUGCAUUGGCUGCUUCAGCCCUGGUUUCUGCGGCCCCAGCCCGCUUCGCGAAACGUGCAGAUGCGGACAUCUUGGUUUUCAAAUUCGCCGACGUCCUUGAACAGCUUGAAUCGCAAUUCUACUCUCAAGCCCUUGCUAAGUUCCAGGAUUCAGACUUCACGUCCGCCGGGUUUGCUUCGAGCCAAGUCCCGAUCGAACAAUUCAAGAAGAUCCAAGCUGAUGAGGCCACCCACUCGGUUGUGUUACAGAGUGCUCUCAGAGGAUUUGGAGCGGAGCCAGUGACCAGUUGCACGUUCGACUUCUCGUCUGUCCUCACAGAUGUUGCUACCAUGGCCGCAACUGCUCGUGUUGUUGAGAACGUCGGCGUCAGCGCAUACCUUGGUGGUGCUACUCUCCUCACCGACCCCGUUCUUUUGACCGCUGCCGGUUCUAUCUUGACCGUUGAGGCUCGCCACCAGACCAUCUUGAACGUUUUGUCAGGUAGCGGCACAGCUAUCCCUUCGGCGUUCGACAUCCCCAUGACUCCUAGUGAGAUCUUGGCCAUUGCCGGACCUUUCAUUUCGGGAUGUGACCUUGGUAUUCCUGCUAACGCAGGCCUUUCGAUCACCAACACCGGUACCGCAGCUCCCGGAACUCUGUUGACAUUCUCUUCUUCAGCGAUCAACGGCUCUACUGAUGGUCUCUUCUGCCAAAUGAUGAUUGGUGGAGCGGAGUCCUCCAUUUCGCUUCCUCUCAGCCAAUGUGUUGUUCCACCAGGCAUUAACGGUCCUGUUGCCAUCUGGGUCACUUCGGACGGACAACCCCUCCUCAACAAUGUUCGCGACCGUGCAACAACCCAACUCGUCGCAGGCCCCACCUACGCUUUCAUCGACACGGAGCCCCAAUUGAUUGGCCAAAUGUUCCGCGGCUCCAGCGGAAGCGCAGGCUCACCCGUUGUGUCGGCCCAGUCAACCUCUACGCAAACCAUCUCCCCCGAAGCUGCCUCAUCCAUCAUCGCCGGAGCAUCUUCCACCGCAGCUGCGUCAGCGAGCGACUCUGCUGCCACUGCGGCUGCGACUGACUCUGCUGCCGCCGCCCCAUCUGCUGCGAAUGCCGCUGCUGCUGCCGCGCCCGCCGCCUCGAGUGGACCUAACACAGCUACCGGCCCAUCUGGCGAUGGAUCCAUCACCGUCAACGGCUGGACGAACAUCUAA